AUGGUCAAGCAGGGGUUUCUAAUAGGCAAAUCAAACUUGGAGAAAACAGUCAAUCCAAACCGCAAGGACUGGAGUGUAAGGUUGGAUGAUGCCUUAUGGGCAUACCGGACCGCUUACAAGACUCCCAUUGGUAUGUCCCCAUACCAGAUAGUGUUUGGGAAACCGUGUUGCCUUCCGGUUAAGCUUGAACACAAAGCCUUUUGGGUGGUGAAGAAAUUAAACUUGAAUGAAGAUGAAGUGGGAAACAAAAGGAAGUUGGACAUUCAAGAGUUAGAGGAGAUUAUAAAUGAUGUGUAUAAGAGUGAAAUGAUUUACAAAGAGAAGACAAAGGCGUAUCAUGACAAAAUGAUCUCCCGGAAGACUUUUACAAAGGGUCAAAAAGUGCUUCUUUACCACUUGAGGUUCAAUUUGAUAUCAGAAAAGUUAAGAUCAAGAUGGGUUGGUAAUUUUGUAGCCACAAAAGUCUUUGACCGUUGUGCGGUGGAAAUCACAAGCCAACAAACCGAAAAAUAUUCAUAG